CCUGAGGAGGAGACCCAGGCCCGCAGCUCAGCCCUGCUGAGUCCAAGUUUGGCAAUGGACUCUGAGUAUGAGAUUGGCCAUGUCCGCAAGCUCCAGGCUCAGCAUGCACAGAUGCAGGAGAAGACCUUUACCAAAUGGAUCAACAACAUCUUCCGACUGGGCCGGGUGGGCAUCAGGAUCCAGAAUCUGUACACAGAGCUUGCUGACGGUGCCCACCUACUGCGGCUGUUGGAGCUUAUCUCUGGGGAGGCCCUGCCAACGCCCAGCCCAGGCCGCCUACGUGUGCACUUCCUUGAGAACAGCAGCCAUGCACUGGCCUUCCUCAGGGCCAAGGUACCCAUACCCUUCAUCGGGCCAGAGAACAUUGUGGAUGGAGACCAGUCACUCAUCCUGGGACUCCUCUGGGUCAUCAUUCUGCGUUUCCAGAUUUCUCACAUCUCCUUGGACAGGGAGGAGUUCGGGGCCGGUGCAGCUUGGCUGUCUGCUAAGGAAGCCCUGCUGGUGUGGUGCCAGCGCAAGACGGUCAGCUACCCCGAUGUGAACAUCACUGACUUCUCCCGCAGCUGGAGCGAUGGGCUUGGCUUCAAUGCCCUCCUCCACGCUCACAGGCCAGACCUGCUGGAUUAUGGCUCACUGAGUCUGGAUCAUCCUCUGCACAACCUCUCCUCUGCCUUCCGAGUGGCUGAGCAGGAGCUAGGCAUUGCUCAGCUGCUGGACCCUGAGGAUGUGGCAGCCCCGCACCCAGAUGAGCGCUCCAUCAUGACCUAUGUGUCCCUGUAUUACCACUACUUCUCCCAGCUGCACCAGGGCCAGACGGCCCAGAGGAGGCUGGCUAAGAUCCUGCUGCAGCUUCAGGAGACAGAGGCACUACAGGCUCAAUACGAGCAGCUGGUGGCUGACCUGCUCUACUGGAUUGGAGAGAAGCAGAUGCAGUUGGAGGCGCGGGACUUCCCAGACUCACUGCCUGCCAUGCGCCAACUCCUGGCAGCCUUUGCCUCCUUCCAUACCCAGGAAAAGCCACCUCAGCUGCAGCAGCGAGGAGCCAUAGAGGCUCUGCUCUUCCAGCUGCAGACAACACUCCGAGCCCAAAACCGAAGGCCGUUCCUACCUCGAGAGGGCCUGGGCCCUGCAGACCUGGCUCAGCGCUGGGCGGAACUAGAGAGGGCAGAGGCCUCCAGGAGCCAGGCCAUGCAGCACAGGCUGCUACAGCUAGAGCGACUGGACACUCUGGCCCACCGCUUCCGGUGCAAGGCAGCCCUCCGGGAAAGCUUUUUAAAUGAGUCAGAGCAGAUGCUAGACCAGGCCAGAGCCUCCCUCAUCGAGCCAACCACAGGGGAGGCAGCCACUCAGAGGCUGAGCAUGUUAGAGGCUAGCAUCCUGCCCCAGGAAGGGCGCUUCCAAGCCUUGGGCGAGAUUGCAGACAUCCUGCAGCAGGAACAGUAUCACAGCUGGGCAGAUGUGGCCCACAGGCAGAAGGAGAUUGCCCGGCGCUGGCAGAAGAUCCUGCAGUGUCUACAGGAGCACAGGAAACAGAUCGCAGGCUCACUGGCUGUGCUGAGCCUACUGGAGGAGGUGGAGGCUGCCACUGACCAGCUUGGGGAGCUGCAGGUGCUGGCCAGCUCCACAGCCUGUGGGCAACAGCCAGCAGAAGUAGUGUUACUGCUGCAGAGGCAUGACCUGCUGGAGGCCCAGGUCUCAGCCCACAGGACCCAAGUGAACCGUCUUGCCCAGCAGACAGCACAGCUGGACUCCUGCCAGGGCACCAGUGUGCAGAUACUUCAGACUAAAGCCCUGGCACUGGCCGAGCUUCACCAGAGCCUCGUGUCUCUUGUCAGAGCCCGACGCGGCCGACUGGAGCAGACUCUGCAGCUGGCACAGUUCCUGCACAGCUGUGAGGAGGAGGAGGCCUGGUUGAGGGAGCACAGACAGAUCAUGGAGAAGGCAGCCCUGGGCCGGGACCUCACUCAGAUCUCUACCGCUCUGCAGAAACACAAGGUUCUGGAAACCGAACUCUAUCGCCACCAGUCUGUGUGUGCAGAUCUCAUGCAGAGGGGACGCAACCUCAGUGUCAGAGGGCCCCCGACACAGCCAGAUCCUCUGGAAAGGGCAGAAGCUGUGCAGGGAACUUGGCAGUUGCUCUGGACUGGAGCCACAAGGAGGCGCGCCCGGCUGCAAAGUGCACUGUUGGUUGGCCAGGUAGAACGUGCGGGGCGGGGCGGGGCGCGGGCACCUGCUCUCUCUCAACUCUUCCCCACCUCCCCACAGUACUUUUCUGACUCAGCCGAGGCAGCUUCUUGGCUUCUCCUACGGCAGAAGCAACUGGAAAGCGCAUCCUGCGGGAAGGACCAGGCAGAGGCCGAGGCCCUGUUGCAGCGCCACCUGCUCCUGGAGCAAGACGUGCGCGCCUUCGGGGCGGAGCUGCGCGAGCUAGAGGGUCGGGCGCGGACUGCUGCAGCCCUGGUGUCACUCAAGGAGGACCCCCCAGAAGACCGGAAGAAGCUUGACAGGGACGCAGCUGGAGAACCUCGGGGUGGGACCCGAGUUUUAGCAGCAACAGGCAGCCAGUAUUCACACCAGCAGAUGCCCCUCUCCUCCAGAGAAGAGGCCCUGAAUACUUGGGAGCCGAAAGACUUGGGGAACAGCCAGGGCAGGGCACCCAUCAUCUGCAGCAUAGAGCAGAACCCCCAGGUGGAGUCUGCCCUGAGCCUUCUGGGGGAAGGCCCAAGGAUGACUCUCCAGAAUGAAUAUGACUUUGAUGUAGACUCCAGCACCAUACUCCAGGCACAGGCUCACUUGAGCCAGAACUAUGAGAACCUACAGGCCCUGGCAAAGCUUCACAGGGCCCGACUGGAGGAGACCGUAGCCCUGUUUAGCUUCUCCAGCUCCUGUAGGGAGCUCCAGUCCUGGCUGGAGGAGCAGACAGCCCAGUUCCAAACAUUGGAGCCCCAGGGUGACAACUUAGAGGUCACACAGCUCAAAUGUGAGAACUUUCUCAUGACCUUGGCCAUUGGAAAAGGCCAUUGGGCUGAGGUCAUCUGCACUGCUGAACAGCUGAAACAGAGAUGUCCAGGGCACACCUCGAAAAUCCAGGAACAGGAGGAAGACCUGAACCAGAGGUGGCAGCAGCUGGAGGCCCUGAAGGAAGAGAAAGGCCUGCAGCUGACGCACAGCACGGAGGUGUGCCAUCUUCUACAGGAGGCUGAACCCACACGAGCCCAGCUGCUAAAUGUGAUAGGCAGGCUGGAGGUUCUGGGGCCAGGAGGCUCUGAAGACAGCCAUCGUACCCUGCAGCAGAUUCAGCAGAAGGUCCUGGGACUGGAGAAGAGGAUCUCCUACCUCCAAAGAGCAUCCAUAGAGGUGAUGGAGUCAGGCCCCCUGGAGGGCCAGCUGCUUCAGGAGCAGGUGCUGAUGCUGCGGGCUCUGCUAACGCAAGUACAAGGGCAAGUGGCCCAGCAGGUCCAGGUCCAGACUGAGGCUCGGGGCCAGCGAGGCAUCUUCCAAGAGAGCCAGAAGUUGCUUCUGUGGGCGGAGGGCAUCCGGGCUCAACUGUGCAGCGAAGGGGAGCUGGAGGAUGUGGCCUCAGCCCGGGAGCUGCUAAGGAAGCAUGGAGGUCUACAGGAAGAGACCUGCCUGUGGCAAGAGAGGCUGCGGCAGCUAGAGACUCGGGGCCAGCUGGUGGCAGUCUCAGACUCCCCACAGUCCCAAGAGUUGGCCAGUGCCCUAAGGCUCCUCGGCCAGCAGGGCCAGCAGCUGAAGGCUGUGUGGAGGCAGAGGCAGCAGAAGCUUCGGGACAGGCUGGAGCUGCAGAGGUUUGGCCAGGAAGUGGAUAGUUUCAUUGACACCUGUGCCAGCCACGAGGCCUUCCUGCACCUGGACAAUCUGGGGGAGGACCUAAGAGAGGCCCAGAGCCUGCUGCAGCAGCACCAAGGUUUUGGGUGGCUCCGGAGCACCCUGGGAUCUCGGGCUGAGGCCCUGCGGGCCUGUGGUGAAAAGCUGCUUCUGAGCCAGCACCCGGCUGAGCACAAGAUCAGAGAGAUGCUGCACAGUGCCCAGACACAGUGGACCAGGGUCCAGGAGAGGAGUGAGCAGAGAAGGGAGCAGCUGCUGGCCUCCCUCCAAUUGCAAGAAUGGAAGCAGGCUGUGGCGGAGUUAAUGCUGUGGAUGCAGGAGAAGUGGCCCACGGUGGCCGAUGAACCCCCCCAAGCAUGCAGCAACAUUCUGAAGGAACUCAAGUGGCACGAAAUGACUAAGCGUGAGCUAUCAGCGACCCGCGGGUACAUGCAGGACCUACAGCAGGCUGGGAGAGAGCUGUUGCACGGCCACCCUCACGCACAGGAGGACAUACAGGCCAGACUCCAGGGCCUGAGUCACAAGUGGGAAGAGUUGGACCACAGGAUGGCAGAGCAAGGGGACAGGCUGCUGCAGACCAGACGGCAGGGGCAGCUCCUGGAGCUACUGCAGGAUGUCAGGGAGAUGCUGGAGCAUCUGGAGGGAGCCCUGCAGAGAGCAGAAACGGGACAGGACCUGUACUCCAGCCUGAGGCUGCAGAAACAGCACUGCCAACUAGAAGAUAAGAGCCAGGCGCUGGCCAGCAAGAUGGCUGCCCUCAUCUCUCAGACCCACAAUGCGUUCACUUCCCUGACCAUCCUGGAGGAGAGCCAGAAGUGUCACCAGAGGUUCAAGGCCCUGCAGAGCAGGCUGGCCACCCGGCGCAUGCAGCUGCAGGCCUCAGUUGAGCUGCACCAAUUCAACCGCCUUAGCAACCUGGAACUCACAUGGGUGGCUGAGCACAUGCCCGGUACCGGUCCCACCUGCCCCGCCCAUUGCUGGCGCGAUGUCCAGCGCCUUCAACGUAAGCACAAGGUGCUCCAGGCUGAGGUGAAAGCUCACGUGGGACACAUGCAUGGAGUACUAAGUUCUGGCCAGAGUCUAGCAGCCUCUGGGCACCCCCGUGCUCAGCACAUUGUGGAGCGGUGCCGGAAGUUAGAAGGCCGCUGGGCAGAACUGGAGCAGGCGUGUGAUGCGCGUGCCCGUUGCCUGCAGCAGGCCGUCACCGUCCAGCAGUACUUUCUGACUGUGUCAGAAAUAGAGACCUGGGUGGAGGAAAAGUGGCCUCUGGCGAGCAGUCAGGAAUAUGGCGGCAAUGAGACAGCUACCUUUGGGCUCCUUAGGAAACACCAGAUGCUGCAGCAGGAAUUAGCUCUUUAUUGGAGCUCUGUGGAGGAUCUUGAGCAGAGAUUCCAGACCCUCACUGGAUCGGAGGCCUCUGAGCAGCUGGGUAUGGUACGGGAGCGAUUGCAGGCACUACAGACGCUGGCAGAUGCACGGGGCCGGGAGCUGGACGGGACCCUGAAGCUACAUGAAUUCAUGAGAGAAGCCGAGGACCUGCAGAGCUGGCUGGCUAGCUGGAAGCAGGUGGCCAGAGGAGGGGACAACUUUGGAGAAGACCAUGAGCGUGUGCUGCAACUCUGCACUAAGUUUGCGGAGUUUCAGAACCAAAUUGAAACCGGUGCCCUGCGAGUAGAGACCUGCCAGCAGCUGGCAGAGAGCCUCCUGGAGUGUGGGCACAGUGCCGCACCCGAGGCCCACCAGCGGCAGCAGGAUCUACGGGCUGCUUGGUCUGAACUGUGGCAGCUGACCCGUGCCCAAAGCCGCCUGCUCCAUGAAACAGAAACCACCCUCCGAGUCCACAGAGACCUUCUAGAAGUCCUUACUCAGAUUCAGGAGAAAGCUACAAGCCUCCCUGAUGAUGUGGCCCAGGACCUGCAUGGGGUAGAGAACCAGCUGCAGAGACAUGAGAGGCUGGAACGUGAGCUGGCAGGCCUGGAGCAGCAGCUGCAGGAACUGUUGAAGGCUGGAAGCGGGGUACAGAAGCUGUGCCCAGGUCCUCGGGCCCUCGCCACUGUCCAGCAGAAGCAGCAAGCUGUGACACUAUCCUGGGAGGCCCUCCAGCUGCGUGUGGAGCAGCGCAGGGUCCAGUUGGAGCGAGCACACCUCCUGGUCCGCUUCCACACAGCGGUGAAGGACUACACCUCCUGGGUGGCCAGCAUGCAUCAGGAGCUGCAGAGGGAGGAGGGCUCCAGGGAACCCAGCAAUACCCUGCUCAGGCUCAGAGCCCACCAAUGGCUGCGGGCAGAACUGGAAGCCAGAGAAGAGCUGCAGCAGCGGGCCACUAAGCUGGGCCAGCAGGCACUUCUGGCUGCGGGGACACACACUAAGGAGGUCCAGGAUGCGCUUCAAGCCCUACAGGAGGAACGUGACCAGGUGUUCAAGGCCUGGGCACUCAAGCAAGAGAGGCUGCAGGCCAUGCUUCAAGAACAGCGCCUCCUCAGACAGUGUGAUCACCUGGCGACGAUCCUCACAGCCCAGGAGGCCUUCCUGAAAGCCAGUGGCCUGGGGAGCUCAGUGGAGGAAGUGGAGCAGUUGAUUUGCCAGCAUGUGAUCUUCCAGAAAGUGCUCGCUCUCCAGGACGAGAAGGAGGCAGCCCUGCGUGAGCAGUUGAAAACUACCCCGAGCCCUAAGGGGCAGCGCCUGGUUUACCGCGUGCUGGAGCAUCGGGCUCAAGUGAAGGAGCUGGCAGAGAGCCGGGGGCAGGCCCUGCACGCCUCCCUGAUGAUGGCCAACUUCACCACGGCCGCAGCUCAGGUUGAGGACUGGAUCCAGGAGCGGGUCCAACAACUGAGAGCCUGGAGCCCUCUUGGAAACCUAAAUGAUUAUCUGAAGCACCUGCAGAAACACAAGGCCUUCGAGGCUGAGGUCCAGGCCCACGAGGAGGUCAUGACCUCUGUUGCCAAGCAAGGUGAAGGGCUCCUCAGACAGAGCCGCCCUGGGACUGGAGAAGUCUCCCAGAAGCUGAAGGCCCUGUGGGAGCUCUGGGAGAAGCUGAAGCAGGCAGUGACCCUGCAGGGCCAGGCCCUGGAGGACCGACGCAGCUUCCUGGAGUUCCUGCAGAGAGUGGACCUAGCAGAGGCCUGGAUCCAGGAGAAGGAGAGGAUGGUGAACAGCUGCGACAUGGGCCUGGACCUUGAACACUGUCUACAGCUCUGCAGAGAGGCCCACAGGUUACAGGUCACAGUGGAUGACACCUACAUCGGGAGAAUCAAAAACUUGUCACCGCAGCUCAAGAACCCGAGCCCCGAGGAAUCUGAGACCGUCUGCCAGCGGCAAAACCAACUCAACAAUAGGCCAGUCUCAGACGGGGCGAGGGGGGCAGCCGUGGGGCUGGAAGAGGGCCUGGGUGCCACCUCGGGCUGCAGGGUUCACCCCCAUCCUCUGGUCAGGUGGAAGACUUUCCAUGGCAACCUGCUCCUGUAUCAGCAGCGGCUUGAAGCAGCCCUAGAGAUACACACGUUGUCCAGUGAACUGGAUGGCCUCACUGAGCAGAUCAGGGAAAAGGAAUCCCUGAUCCAGGCCCUGGAGAGCACAGAAGAUUUGGAGAAUGUACAGAGGCUACCAUGGAAACAGAAAAUGCUACAACAGGGAAUGGGCCUCAUCCAGACUCAGGUGGAGUCUCUCGAGGGUAAGGUUGGCCGCCUCUGCAAGAGAAGCCCUGAGGUUGCCCACAGCCUCAGUCAUAAGCAACAAGAAAUGAUGGACAGCUGGUGGAAGGUCUGGAGCAGGGUCCAGAACAGGAGGGAGUCACUGGAUGUGGGCCAUAAAGUUUGGAAACUCCAGAUGCUGCUGCGGGAUCUGCAGGACUGGGCACAGGGACUGAAGGCUGAGAUGGACACGCGGGGCAGCCCCUGCAGCCCCGAGAGAGCCCUGUACAUGCUGCAAGAGCACCAGGCAUACAAAGUCGAGCUGGACAUCCGAACAGACAGCCUUAGCCUGGCCCGAAGCAUGGGCCAGCAGCUGCUUGCAUCUGGAUGCCAACUGGCCUCUGCGAUUCAACAAUCCCUAGCCGCUGUGGAGCAGGAGUUGAGAAGCUUGGAGGAAUCAUGGCAGAGGCGGCAGCAGCAGCUACAGCAGGCCCUGGAGCAGCAGUCACUUCUGAGCUCUGUGGAAAAGGUGGAACACUGGUUCUUCAGCGAGGAGUCCUCUCUAGUUAGUGAGGGACUGGAGGAUCCCUUGGCCACUGUGGAGACCCUUCUGUCCAAGCACAAGAGGCGUGAGCAGCACCUGAAGGCAAGGGCUGAAGAGAUCAGUGCGCUGGAGGCCACAGCCCUCAGCCUGCACCAGAGUGGACACCCCGAGGCCCGCAGCAUCCUGGCCAGGUGCCAGGCCCUACUCCUGAGGAGAGAGGCACUCACAGAGCGAGCCAGGGCGCGCGGUUGCCAGCUGGAGGAGCUGCGGCAGCUUCGGACUUUCUUGCAGGAUUCCGAUGAGGUAGCUACAUGGCUGAGGGAGAAGAACCUGGAGGCUCUGGACAAGGGUCGGCAGGACCCAACCACGAUACAAACUCAGUUACAGAAGCAGCAGAAUUUCCAGGCCGUGCUGGAUGCCAGUGUUGCCCAGCAACAGGAGCUGCAGAAGGAGGGGCAGAGACUGCUACACGGAGGCCACCCGGCCUCUGAGACCAUCCGGGGGAGACUGCAAGAACUAGGAGGCCUCUGGACUGAGCUGCAGGCCAACUGCCAGAGGAAGAUGGCCGGACUCCAGGGGGCCCACAAGGCUCUGCAUCUGCAGAAGAUGCUGGAGAGACUGGAGAGCUGGCUAGAGUCCAUGGAAGGGGAGCUGAGAGCCCCUGUCAAAAGCCAGGACCUGCCUAGGGUGGGCGAGCUCCUGGGGGCGCAGGGGGAGCUGGAAGCAGCUGUCGAUAGUCAGACCAGGCAAGCGCAGGAGCUGUGGGGCCAAGCCCAAGCCUGCAUUCAGGAAGGCCACUGCCUCGCCAAAGGUGUGGAAGAGCGAGCCCAGCAGCUACUUCAGAGGUUCCAGAGCCUUCAGGAGCCGCUACAAGAGCGCAGGGCAGCCCUGGAAGCCCAGAGCCUACUCUUACAGUUCUUCAGGGAUGCUGAUGAGGAAAUGGCCUGGAUUCAGGAGAAGCUGCCCUCUGCCACAGCCCAGGACUAUGGCCAGAGCCUGAGCACUGUGCGGCACCUUCAGGAGAGACACCAGAAUUUGGAGAAUGAGAUCAGUAGUCACAGGGCCCUGAGCCAGGUGGUGAUGGGUACAGGCCACAAGCUUGUGCAGGCUGGACAUUUUGCCGCUGAAGAGGUGGCUUCCCGGGUGCAGCAGCUGGAGGAGGCUCUGGACCACCUGCAGACAGAGGCAGCACAGAGGAGGAGGAUGCUGCAGCAGGCCCUGGAAGCCCAGCAGGCUUUGAUGGAGCUCCUGGAGACAGGGUCCUGGCUAGCUGAACGGGGCCACGUUCUGGACAGUGAAGACCUGGGCCGGGAUGCUGAGGCCACACAGGUUCUUCUGCGGCGCCUGGAAGCCACCAUAAGAGACUUGGAGGGGUUUAGCAGUCGCAUUGAGCAGCUGCAGCAAACAGUGGCCCUUCUGGAGAGUGGGCAGAACCCGGGCAGUCCUAGGGUGCUGUCCCAGCUGCAGGCUGUGAGGGACGCCCAUGCACAGCUGUUGCAGAGAGCUGAGAGCAGGGGACAAGCACUGCGUGAGCAAUUGCACCUACACCAGCUGGAGCAAGAGGCCCGGCUCCUGGAUGCCUGGCUGACCACCAAGGUGGCUGCUGCUGAGUCCCAGGACUACAGACAGGACCCUGAAGGCAUCGAGGUGAUGGAAGACAUGUUUGGUGCUUUCGGCAGAGAAGUCCAGAGCCUGGGCCAGGCCAAGGUGCAGACCCUGAGGGAGCUGAUGGCCUCCCUGGAAAGAGGAGCACCCAGGUUCUACCCCCAAAUUCAAGCCCAGAAGUAUCGUGUCCAAGCCACUUGGGAGAGGCUGAACAAGGCAAUCGAAGUCCGUAGAGAGAACCUGGCUGCAGCCCGUGAGCUCCAGAGCUUCGAGCAGGCCGCCUCAGAGCUCCAAGGCUGGAUGCAGGAGAAGACCACCCUGCUAGAGGGAGAGUCCCAAGUCCACAGCCUGUCACCUACGCAGCUCCUGCAGCAGCACAGGUGCCUGCAGAGGGAACUGGCAGCUAUGGAAAAGGAGAUGGCAAGAAUACAGAUGGAGGCCCAUCGCCUGGGCCAGCAUGAUCCCGUGGCUCAGGAGGGUCUGGCCGAGUGGCUCACCAAGGUGCAGGUGGCCUGGGCCAACCUGGAGGCCAAGGUCCAGGGAUGGAGCCAGAAGCUGUCGCAGGCUACCCAGGGCCACACCUUUCUUGGGCGCUGUCGGGAACUGCUAGCAUGGUCUCAGGAGCUGGUUUCCUCAGAGGAGCUGGCUGGGGAUGUGGUGGACCAAGAAAUCCAGGAGUGCUGCCUUCAAGCCCAGAACACAUGGCAGGAAGGGCGGCAGCUGCUAGACGAUGGCCAUUUCAUGUCGCUGGAGGUGGGAGAGCGUCUGCAGGAGCUGGAAAGACAGCUGCAGGAGCUUCAGGCAGCAUGGGCCCUGCGCGGGCAACGCUUUGAGCAGAAUCAGGGCCUGCAGCAGCUGCGGCAGAGGCUGGAGCUGGCGGAGGCCUGGCUGGCCUCCCAGGAAGGCCUGCUGCUGGACCCCAGCUAUGGGCACUCAGUGACGGACGUGGGACGUCUGCUCUGCAGACACGAGGGCUUGGAAAAGCUACUGGCGGCCCAUGAGGAGACGUUCACCCAGCUUCAGACACUGACAGAGGUGAAGGGCACUCGUGUCACAGAGGGGUCUGUGGAACUGAAGCAGCAGCCCCCCACAGACGGGAGGCAGCCCAACACCAGCUCCUGGAACAGUAGCCAUGGGACCUUGGCAAGCAGAGCCCUGAGCCUGUUUUCAGAUAUGAGGAGGGCAGAAGUACCAGGUGGCACUGGGGAGCUGGCUUCCGUAGCCCCCAAUGUGCCUGAGUGUGACAGACUGGAGGGCAGGAAGCAUACUUUCUCCACAAGGUCUGAGCCUUGAAAUGAGUCCUGAGGCAACACCAAACCUCGGGCUACAAGUGAAGAUGCAUCCUGGGGAACCCCUCGGCUCCUGGCCCCAGGGCACCUUCCUGCGGCUGCUCAGGACCAGAGAACAGCUCCUGACAGGAUAAGCACGCUGUGUUGUUACCAGCUGGGCCCGAGAUGAGCCUGAACCUUUUAACUGGACCAUGGCCUCACCCCAAGGUCUCUGUUUGGACAAAGAUGGCAGUCUGUCCAUCUGGACAGGGCUGGAACUUC